GCUCAGCAAUCUGACCAAUCAAACAGCGACUUUCUCUAUCAGCCAAUCAGAUGCCUGAACGGCGCCGAUUUGGCGCGUGUUUUGUCUUUUUUUUUUCGCAUUUCCCACAGGACGCUGCCGGGGGUGUGCUCAGGCGGCUGUCCAAACUGUGUCUUCUAAGGAAAAGAGUUGUGUCCACUACAACAAAUUAUGUUUGGGAGGAGAAGUGGCCUGUUUUCUGCUAUUCGUGAGCGUCGGGUGUGGGGAGCCUCGGACAGGCAUGGCGUGAGAGGAAGCACAAGAGGAAAGUUGGACAGUGUCAUCAAUGGGUUCGUGUGUACCCGAGGGGACGAGUAUGUCAUGGACAUGGGAAUAGGGCAUGUUCCUUUAGCGACAGGCUUCUGCAAAGUGCCUGGCCAGGGGCAUGUACUGUGUGUCUGUGACUGGGAUGGGUUCAUUCGACUCUAUUGUACAAAGCCUGACAAGUGCAAUGGCCAGUUUUCAAAAUGGACGGGACAUGGCAAUGUCAUCCAUGAUCUCGAAUGGUCACCUCACCAAAGCAUCAUGGUGACAGCCUCGGGUGACAAGACAGCUCGGAUGUGGGACAUGGAGUCCACCAAUCUGAUGGGGGUGUUCAAGGGGCACACAAAAAGUGUGAUGUCUGCAUCUUUCAGGACAAACGACAAAUGGGUUUUCUGCACAGGAGCCAGAGAUAGGAAUAUCUUGGUUUGGGAUGGGAGAUGCAAUCAUAAUGGUGGGUUCUACGGACCAGUGAAUUCCAUCCGCAAUGGUCAUCCGCAUCCAGUACCAUCCACACCUUGGCAGCAUUAUGAUGGUGUGACAUGUGUGGUGUACCAGGAUGAAAACACUAUAGUCUCAGCAGGCAGUAUGGCAGACGGCCCAUGCGGUACCAUCAAGCUGUGGGACAUGAGGAAGAACUACACGGCCUACCAGUACACACCCAUCCCCAAACACAGCUUCCCGUGUCCAAGAACAUGCUCAGGUUCCUCCUCCCUAGUUGUGGAUUCAGCAGGUACAAGACUGUUUGCCAGUUGUACACACAUUUACAAUUUCAGUACAGACAGUGCAAUCUACAUGUACAACUGUCACAGCAUGGAAACCCAGCCUGUGGCAACAUUCACGGGACACGGCUCCAGCUUCGAUGUGAGAUGUGCCCUGAGCCCUUGUGAAGAAUACCUACUCAUCAGUGGCCCCAGUGAUGCCAGUGCCUACAUUUGGAAGGUUCCCACUGCCAAUGCUGCCUCUCCUAAACAUGCAGCAGGUGCAUCCCCUAACGCUGAAGCUGUGGCUACAGCAGGCCUGCCAACACCAGAAAAUGAACAAUCAUAA